AUGCUACUUCACCUGUACCUCUUCCUAGGGGUCACUGCAUCUCUCACAUUGUUGUUGGCACGUCCGAUUUCGGUCUCCAACGACGUGCAUGGCAUUGACGCUGUCACUCGGCAUGGAACAGAUUUUUCUGACUUCAACCCUGGCUUCACCGUGCGGGCCCUAACUCUUCUGGAUUCCCACAAACAUGCAAAUGCGGUAUUGCAUGCUCAGCAAUCCAAGAAGGCGCUUCAUAGGGAAAAGAAAGCUGCCAAAAAUAAGAAGGCUACCUGUGGGAAGACAACUGAACAUGAAAAACAGAAAGCCAUCUCUAGCGCACAGAAGGCCGCCAAAGAAGCCUGCAAGGAGCGAUGGGAAAAGAAGCCCAAGACGACGCCAAAAGGGACAAAACCGAAGACGCCAAAGGUAAAGUUGACAGCAGAAGAAAAACAGCAAGUCAAGGAUGUCUUGCAUACCUCAGUGUCCCAUAUGAGGAAUACUGUGGGAAUCCUGGCAACUGGCCAAUAUCGAGUCAAAUCGACACCAGAUGCCGAAAAAUACAUGGGCAAAAGCAUUCAAACUGCUGUUAUGAACUCAUACAUCAAUGAUCUUAGCUCUGCUGGUCUAGGUAACGCUGUGAGCAAGCAUCCCAAGCUCUUUCAAAACAGGCCUUAUGAUGGCAGCCAUCCAGAUGGAAGAAUCCGUAACCAGCAUCCUAUUCCAGGUAAUCUGCCAAACCUGAAGGAAUACCCUCUCAAGAAAAUUGGAUGGACUGGUACCGGCAAUGUGGGCCCUGUGCGGGUUAUUACAUUGUCGCAUGGUGGAACGGAUAUGUUCCAUGCUGUGAUUGGACACAAUAUUUCGAGAGGUGGCAAUGAGAAUGACCAUUACUGUGCUUCAAGGGUAGCUAGGGAGGCUGAUGAGCUUGAUUAG